AUUUGCUGACGGCGCUCUCGCGUGGUCUCGCGCUCUCUCGCUGGGCCAAUGGGGAUACCCGCAGUCGAGACGCCGGCUUCACAGGAGUGGUGGCGCAGCUGUUUCCUCCGAAGCUGGGUUGGUCAGUGACUUUGUUGAAGGCUGAGAGUUGAAAUGAAUUUGCAGAUGACACACAAUUUCUAAGACAGAGGCAGAAAGUCAAGACUGGAUUGUGGAAACUCUUUUCUCUGCCACGCUUUGGUAAUAGGAAUCACCCUCUGUUGAAUGGAAGAUAAAGGCUACUUCUUCUGAAGUCCUUUUAGCCCACGAGAGAGCUGUCUUCAGCACCUCACCAUGUGUCUACUUGCUGUUGCUUAGACAAGCCUGGGAUUUCUAUAACAUUUGCAUUCCAUAUUGGAAGAGGAUAUUUCUAAAGAUGAAAAAAAUGCCGUUGUUUAGUAAAUCACAUAAAAAUCCAGCAGAAAUUGUGAAAAUUCUGAAAGACAACUUAGCCAUUUUGGAAAAGCAAGACAAAAAGACAGACAAGGCUUCGGAAGAAGUAUCGAAAUCACUGCAAGCAAUGAAAGAAAUUCUGUGUGGUACAAAUGACAAGGAACCCCCAACAGAGGCUGUGGCUCAGUUAGCACAAGAACUCUACAAUAGUGGGCUGCUGGUGACACUGAUAGCUGACCUACAGCUGAUAGACUUUGAGGGCAAAAAGGAUGUGACCCAGAUAUUUAACAACAUCCUGAGAAGACAGAUAGGUACUCGAUGUCCUACUGUGGAGUACAUUAGUGCUCAUCCUCAUAUCCUGUUUAUGCUCCUCAAAGGAUAUGAAGCCCCACAGAUUGCCUUACGUUGUGGAAUUAUGCUGAGAGAAUGUAUUCGACAUGAACCACUUGCCAAAAUCAUCCUCUUUUCUAAUCAAUUCAGAGAUUUCUUUAAGUAUGUGGAGUUGUCAACAUUUGAUAUUGCAUCAGAUGCCUUUGCUUCUUUUAAGGAUUUACUAACCAGACAUAAAGUGUUGGUAGCAGACUUCUUAGAACAAAAUUAUGACACUAUUUUUGAAGACUAUGAGAAAUUGCUUCAGUCUGAGAAUUAUGUGACUAAGAGACAAUCUUUAAAGCUGCUGGGUGAACUGAUCCUGGAUAGACACAACUUUGCCAUUAUGACAAAGUACAUCAGCAAGCCAGAGAACCUCAAACUGAUGAUGAACCUCCUUCGAGAUAAAAGUCCCAAUAUUCAAUUUGAGGCCUUUCAUGUCUUUAAGGUGUUUGUGGCCAGUCCUCACAAAACACAGCCUAUUGUGGAGAUUCUGUUAAAAAAUCAACCCAAACUCAUUGAGUUUCUGAGCAGCUUCCAAAAAGAAAGGACGGACGAUGAGCAGUUCACUGAUGAGAAGAACUACUUGAUUAAACAGAUUCGCGACUUGAAGAAAACGGCCCCUUGAAACCUCACCCAGUUCCUGGCUAGUCACCGUCUCAUGAGAGGUGCCUAUUUUUCUCAGUUUAUUGUUCAGUGUAGAUGGAAUAUAAACAUUUGAAUGAAAAGAAACUAACCUAGAACUAUAUAUUCAGUUUAAUCAAGUCUGUGAUUAUGUGAAAUCAGAGCCAUUAAUAAAAGCAAUUGUAAUUUUUUUGUUGAUGAAAA